AUGGACAAUGAGUGGAAACCCAAGUCGACUACCCUCUCGUUAUCGUUAAAGAAACGACGACCCAAAUCAACAACAAAAAAGAACGCAUCACAAUCCUCCUCACAGUCCUCGCAACGGUCAUUGACCUCGUUGUCAUCGAUCCCCUCACCACCAGUUGCACCCCAAUCGCCAAUCGCCCACCGACCACAACCACCACAACCACCAAGUGCUACACAGCAAUCGACCAGUUCCUUGUCAACAGAAUCGAGCCAUUUGCAAGACUAUCAGUGUCCCCUAUGUAAUAAGGACUUGAGUCACUUAAGGUCCAGUUACCUACGACAAAGCCAUGUUGACAAGUGCUUGACUGAAUCCGCAGCAUCCGAAACCAACACACAGCCGACGCCAUCCAGCCAAGAUGAAUUCAUGUAUUGCAUAUUCUGUGGAAAGGAUAUCAGCUCAUAUCAAGGAUUACAAAAAGAUAUUCACUUUGGCAGAUGCUUGGAUCAGCUGGGUGAAAUGGAUACCUCUUCCUCCACAUACGCCGGCAAUACUGUUCCAUUGAUUGACGAGCUUACCACAUGUCCAGUGUGUCAUGAAUCAACGCAUUGUAACCAACGAACAACUACAAAACGCAAACUCCAGCAUAUCAAAACAUGCAUGAGAUCCAAGAAUAUGAGCAUGAAUACCUUGUUGCAGAAGCUGCGUUGGAUACAAUGGGGACAUAAACCUAUUGAGCGCACACCAGCACCACCACCAGCACCACCAUCAACCAUAGCUCCACAACGACCUACCACAAUUCAUGUUACAGAAGUUGCCGAGGGUGAUGAUGACUUUUCCACUCAUGUCAUGUUCCACCGUCAACCCAACGAUCCACGUCAACAACGAAAUCUAGCAGCAGUAGACGCAAUGGAUGAAGACCUACAAUUGGCCCUGGCUAUCAGUCGAUCACAUGCAGAGAUGGAACUCAAUAGCAAUAUACACCAAAGACCUUUGAAUAUCAUCGAUCCCAAUGAAUCUCGUCAAGUGGCCAAAGCCAAGCUGGACACCCUCUCUACACAUACGCCCAAUGCAUUGAUCAAGUAUAAUAUAAAGCCACUCUCCCCCUCCAAAUUACAACAAAGAUCUUCAGAUACCACUCCCUAUUGGGAUCUUGCCACAACAACACAUAAGCAAGAUUGUACAUAUUCAUCAAAGUUUCUAAUAAACUUGCAUCAUCAUCCUUCUUAA